AUGAUGAGACUCAGAGUUGCCUUUAGAAAUCAUCGUCUGGUGUUUCCAGUCAAAGAUAGCAAAAUUAAGAUUGCCCAAUUGCUGUCCGAUAUGGAGGAACGAUUCGCUUCCCAAAUUCUGAGUUCAUAUCAAUUAAAUAAUGAAGAGGAGAAACGAAAACAUUCCAAGAUUUAUGAUCUCAUGUUGUUGGAUAGCUGUUCUGCCUCUUCUUCUUCCAAUUCUAAUCAUCAAGCAGCUGAAUAUUUAUGUUGUAGGGAGGAUUAUGUUGAAGAUGUGUUGAGAGAUGGCGAUCAUGUUAGAGCUUUGGAUGAACAAGCUUGGAUCGAUUAUCAAGUUGAGCAUUUUUGUGAUAGAAAGAGAGCAUGGGUGCAUUUAGUAAAGGAUGGAGUAUUUGGGGAAAUUGGGUACCACAAGAAAAACAAAGUCUACUGUCUCUUUGGAACUCACCAUCAUAAACAAUAUUUUGAAUUCACAGUUGAUGAGUUGCGUGAUGCGUACAAAACCAAGAAGGUUCAUGAAAUUGGCAUUGAAAAAGAUUUUAAGGGGUUGUGGUAUGUUUGUGCCAAAUUUGAAGAACCAACUUCAGAUGAGUUGAAAGACGACAAGAAAAUGCUCUGUGAAAUGAGUAUUCACUUGAAAACCAAUUCAGAAGACGACAAAGUCUAUAUACAUCAAGUGAGCGUUCAUGAAAAGAAUGGACAUUUAUUGAAAGGAAAUUCUCGUUUCUUCUAG